AAAAAAAAAAAAAUAUAUAGAUAUAAAUAAAACAAAAUAAUAAAAAAUGUCUGAACUUAACAUGGGUAUGCUCUCAUUAAUAUUAGAAAAAUUACAAAACGACGGAAAAACCCUUUACUCAUGUCUUUUAGUUAACAAAACUUGGUGUGAAAUAAUUGUUCCGAUUUUAUGGGAAACCCCUGGACGAUUCAAGUCAAAUAGUAACGCAAUUGAAAUGUUAUUUGAUACGAUAAUUUCACAUUUACCAAAAGAUUCGAAGAAUACUUUGAGAGAAAAUGGAAUUAAUUUUAUUGAACAAAAAUAUGAACAACCUUUAUUUAAUUAUAUUAGUUAUUGGAAGAAUUUAAAUCUAUAUCUCUUAGAAAGUAUGAUUUCUAUUAAAAAUAUUAAAAACUCCAAACGUACCAUUAUAAGAAAAGAAAUGUUGAAAUUAUUUAUUAAUAAAAAUACAAGUUUUUCAUACCUUUAUAUAACAAAACAAUAUAAUCAUCAAAUACAUCUUUUUCCGGGGGUUGAACAUUGCUUUUCAGGGCUUGAAUACCUUUGUUGUAACGCUAGUGUAGAUAAAAAAAUAUUAGAAGGAUUGGCUAAAACAAGUAAUUCGAUAAAGAAAUUGAAAUUAAGAUUUAACGUUAUGAAAACUAAUAAUUAUGAAAUUAUUAAGUUAAUUGAAGCUCAAAAAAACCUAAAUGUUGUUGGUUUUAAUAAACAACCAACUAAUGUAAUAGACCAAUCAUAUUGUAAAACACUUGAAGAGUCAUUAAUCAAAAACGUGAAUAAUAUCCAAUAUUUUAGCAUGAAUUGGAAACCUGUUACGAAUAUUCUUUCACAACUUGUUAAUUUAAUAAGUUUAGAUAUAAAAUUAUCAAGUUACGCAGAUUGGAAUUAUUUGGAUAAAGUGUGUUUACCUAAUUUAAAAAUUUUGAAAACUCAAAAAAUCCCAUCUAAAGAUUUGGCAAAUUUAAUUCAAAAUACGAAAGGAAAUCUUAUAGAAAUAAGUAUUCAGUAUGAGGGUAAUGAUAAUAGAAGACUUUUACAAGUAAUUUAUAAUAAGUGUCCAAAUCUUAAAUAUCUUAAAAUAUCAUUUAAUAAUAUUGAUAUUAUAAAAUUAGAAAAAUUAUUAAUUGAAUGUAAAUAUUUAAAUGGGUUAUUUUUAAACACAUUAGAUAAUAAUGAUCCUGAUUGGGAUAAUUUAUUCGAAAUAUUAAUUAGAUCUUCACCUAAGAAUUUAUUUAGAUUUAAAUUUUCUUAUUAUUAUAAAAUUUUUAGAUUUAAUUCUUUAGAAUUAUUCCUUGAUAAUUGGAAUAAACAACCAAUAUUAUUACAAACAAUUCCUGUUUGUCUUCUUGUAGAUGCAGAUUUUAAACGACAUCAACAGCAGGUGAAUGAUUUAAUUAAUAAAUACGUAACAAAAGGUUCGGUUAAAGCUUAUGAUCUUGGGAAAAUUUUUGAAGAUUUCGAAUGGACUCAAAAUAAGUCUCGUGCAUAUUUUUGAUAGCGUAGUAAUGAUAGAUUAGUUAAUAGUUUGGUGAAUUACAGUAUAUGUAUUAUUAUUUAUAAUUAUCAUAUUAUUUUCUUGUAAUGAAUAUUUAUUUAUUAAUAAAAUUUUAUAAAAUUACUCGUCACGUGAUUACGAUGUGCAGUAUAUGAUAUUUUUACUAUUACCCUGAAG